UAAAAGUCUGCUGCUUGCGACUUGCGUUAGUUUGUAUGUAUAUUUAUCUGUGGUUUGCGUCGUGCGACAAUGGCAGAUGCUAAGCAAGGAAAACCCUCUGAGGAUAUUUACAAUGGCGCUCAGUCCCGAAUUGUCCUGGCAAAACCUAAACUGGGAGGUUUUGGUGCAUCCGGAUUUGCUACUAGUUCUAACAAGGGAAAUAAUCCUUUUGGAUCACUCUUACGCCCGUCGCAAUUAAAACCUACCAGUAACCCAUUUAGUAAAGUAACAACAGAUGAUGUCAGUCCUGAAAAGAAAAAAGAGAAAGAGUUUGAAGCUGCUGGCACCGAAACUAGGAUACAAGAAACAGAGGAGGAUGUCGAGACACCAAAGUUUGUUCCACUUGGAUCUGCUAAUGUUACACCUAGGACAAAUACAUCGGUGCCUGCACCGGUGGCGGCUACAACAAGCACAUCUUCAACUGGAUUUGUCUUUGGACAAAACUUAAGUGAACGGGUGGUGAUGAAAGAAUCGGUGAAUAAUGGAGACGCAAGUCCCGCAGAACAUAGUUCGUCAAAUGGCACAACAGAUUUAUUAUUUACAACUGCAGCAGCCACAGUUCUGGAAAAUCAUCAGGAGGAACCUGGACCAAGUGAAUCUCGGACAGAGAGUCUCGCAGCGGCAGCAGCUGAGUACGAGCGCUCACACGCCAGACCGCCGCCGCCCACUUCCAACUGCACUAUGACAGGAGAGGAAGAUGAAACUAAUGUGUUACAGAUAUCGUGCCGGCUGUUCGCGUGGGAGAGCGGCAGCUGGCGGGAGCGCGGGCGCGGCGUGCUGCGGCUCAACGACACGGCGUGCGGUGGCGCGCGGCUGGUGGCGCGCGUGGCCGGCUCGCUGCGCGUCGUGCUCAACACCAAGCUGUGGCCCGACAUGGUGGUGGAGCGCGCCGGCGCCAAGUCGCUGCGCAUCACCGCCGCCGACGCGCAGCUGCAGAUCAAGCUGUUCCUCAUCAUGGGAGCGCCAGGUGAUAUAGCACAAUUACAUAGAGCCUUGCUAGUUCGCAUCGCGCGAAGUAAACGAAUGUCCAAUAGCAAAGAAGAUAAAAACCAAAGGCAUGACGAAAUUGAUGUUGAUGCAGGGAAAUCUGUUGAUGAUGAUUACAGUCAAGAUGACGGAAACGAUGACGUCAGUGAUGAAGACGCUCCAAAUAACCAACAAAAACCAGAUAGCGACAGACUUGAACCAGAAGCUAAAGAAAAGACUGAAAGGGAAGAGACUACUGACAGUGUUGAAGAAAACGAAUCAAAAGCAUUGAAAAGAAAAGAGCCAGUUGAAGAUGAAACUUCUCCAAAAAGACAAUGCCAAGAUGUGUCGAUACAGUGAUUUUAACGUCUCUUAGUGUAUGUGAUGCCAACGGGAAAUGUGACAGAAUGAGUUCAAAAAUUUAUGAAGUAUUAGGUUAUAUUAUACUAUCAACGGCUAGCGUAAUAAAUUCUGUAAUAUUAGGAAAGAUAUUUAACAUUAUAAAUCUACCUGAGAAAGUGUAAUUUUUUUGAAAUAUAACAUUUACUGAAAGUAAAAUUGUAAUUUUAAUUAACACAUUCCAAAAUUUUGCUGUGUAAAUUAUUGUGUCCGGGCUGAACACCAAAUACUUGUGUACAUAAUUUUCUCAAUAAUAAUUGAAUAAACUUUAAU